AUGAAUAGUCUGAUUCAAAAGAACUUAUCACAUUCACAACUAUCAAAUCUUCAUCGAGUCGAAAUAGACGAGAAGAAGAGUGAGAGUUCCAUUCUACGUCGACUCACACAAUGGUUACACGCCGUCAAACGAUGGAAGCAGAACUCUGAAGGAGAAGAUGGAGCAGUGUUUGGUAACAAGAUAAUUACUAAUAAAAACGAAAUUAUGUGUAUCGAUGAUAUUCCAUUUGUUAUUCCAAGGCAAUUAAAUGAGUGCAAUCAAGAGCCAUCGCCAGAUUUUGAGCGAGCAAGAUUACUCAUUCGUCGAAUGGAUGAAUAUCUCGUCUCACCUGAAGAUCACGAUGAAGCCAAACGACAGCGUCAUGAAGACACAUCAUUUGGUUUACGAGCAUUAGCAGCAGCUGCUAACGCCAUUCAAAAAGUCUCCUUUCGAGAAGUACUUAGCGUUGAUGAAACUCUACCGAUUGCUGCUCGACGUCUCUCGGAAGAACAUUCAUCUGUCGAUAAUCUUCUACGUCAAUCGGAAAAAAUCGAUCCAAUCACUAACUUUCAAGAAGUACAUGAUUUCAUUGAAUUCAACGAAGCACUUGUCCAACAUCGUAAAGAUCUUUUAACCAAGGAAGCACAUCGACCAUCCGAUAUGCUCUACUUGAAAUUUUGUCUCAUGUUAGAAAUCCAGCGCGAUGAAAAUGAAAGUUGUUUACGAAUAUUACUCCAUGAUAUUAUCUUCAAGUUUCAUCUCUAUGAUUUUCGUUUACGUUGUGAGAUACAUGUACGAAAACCGAUCGAAAAUGAGCUAGUUAUCGAAAAGCAUGUACAUGAUUCGGACCUCAAAACGGAUUAUUCGGCCCAAUUGGUUCUUUGGGCGGCCGAUUGGAUCGCCCAACAAGAAGUUGAACUGUACAUUGUGAUGAAAAUCGAAACGUUAUCUAUGAAUAAAUAUAUAGGCGCGAAAUUUUGGGAUAUGGCACAUCUACACGUGAAGAAUGUUCCGCACGGGGCAUCGAGAAUCUUUUUACGAGAGAUUAUACCAGUUUCUCGACCGCAUAAAAUCUUGUCACGUGGAAUCAAUGUAGGUCAAGUAGAAAUCGAAGCCGUUUAUUCGCCUGAUAAACAUCAAUUAACUAUCCAUAUCAUCAGAGUUAGCCAUUCACAAGCGGAAAAAUUGUUACGCGAGCCUGAAACGUAUGUUGAAGUGAUUUUUCAAGGUCCAUUUGAUAUAUUUGACAUCAAACGAACGAAAUUUGCUGAACGAUCAUUGAAUCCGAUAUUUAAUGAAGAAUUCCUCUUUCAAAUUCCAGAAAAGACAGCCAUUAGUGAUGUGACAGUCGAUUUGCUUUUUCUUGAAAAAGUUACUCUUUCUCACAAUCCAGCAAUUCUGGGUGUCGUCACGCUAUCGAAGCAUACCGAUUGGUUUCCAGUCAGGAAAUUUUGGGCUGAUUUGGAGGAAAAUCCGAAUGUUAAACUGAAAAACAGCUUUCUGUUUGAAGGAAAUGUUGAUGAGUGA